AUGACAGGAGAUCUAAAUGAUGGAACUGAUUAUCAAGGUUUGACUUUCUCUCUAGUCUUAGCUAUUGCUUCCUUUACUGUUGCAGUUGGUAUACUUGAAAGUGGGAAUGACAUUGUUGAUACCUACUGUAAUGGUGGAUUUCCAACAUACAAUAAUUUGAUUAAAGACUUAGUGAUCAAGAUGGAUGAUGUUUAAUAAAAAUACAUAGACAAAUAUAUGUGCUCGCCAUAUUGUGCCUGCCCUAAGGAAAUGUUACAACUUUUGAAAGUUGUUAUAACACAAUUUAAAAGAGAGGAAUUGUACCAACUUUAAGUACUGGUUUGCUUCAAUUUAUUAAAGAAUUAGAAUCCAGUUAUAGUUGUCUGGGAUUAUGCUAGAAGCCUCUAUUCUGGUUUUACAAUGAUGUUACUCUUUAAAGAUCUAUUCGAAAGUGGAUUAUAGAAUGUAGGAAUUGGAUUUUUAAUUACAGGAGGCGUGAUAUUCUUGGCAUUUAAUGCAUAGUACGGUCUUUGGUUUAGAGGGCCAAAAUGA